CCUCACCCUACUGCAGAAGAUCCAUGGGUUUUUGGCGUCCAGUUGUGUUUGACGUGAUGGUUGUGUCUUACUGGUGCAGUGGCUUGGUGGUUAGCACCAAGCAGACUUGGGUCAGAAAGGUUUCAGGUUCAAGUCCACCAGCUGCCAAGUUACCACUGACCAUGGCACCGUCCCCCCUGUGGGCACUUAAGCUGCCCCCUGCUGACUUUGGUGAUAGGUCAAAUCAGGUUAUCACCUUCACUCCAGGAUGGAUGAGGCCUCGUCCUCAACAUGUUUAAAAACUUGGAGUGAAUGUUUCUAACAUUGUUUUUUGUUGACUGACGUUUCAAAGAAAGUUGAGUUUUUGUCCCAGUACACCUCAGGAUCAGGUUUUACUGGAAAUACUGGCCGUGAUAUUCUCAGCAAAGGUUUGUGUGUGUGUGUGUGUGAAAAACCUGAAGAACAAGUGACAGAUCUGAGUCGUUCAACGUGAAAGAAAACGGUCAGAACAGACAGUUUACAAACAGAAACCUUUGAUUUCUCUUCAUGGGUUUAUUACUAACAACAGCCUCUCUCCCCCCUGAGGCUGAUCUACUGUCCUAGAUCUUCAGGAUUGUCACCUCACGCAUCUUCAGACCAACUCUCCAACAUGACUCUUCUUCAGACUGGGUCUAAGAUCCUCAGAACUUUCUGGACCUGGAUCUGAAGGAAUCCCUUUGUGGAUCACCCAGAUGGAUUUUAUUCCCAGCGACUUCCACCUCUGUCGUCACUCAUUGGCAUAAUGGUUUGCAUGCUUGGCGUCACAGGGCGUAUCUCCUGCGCACGUGGGCUGAACUGGAACUACAACAGGCUCCACCUAAGAGGAGACCUUCAUUUAGAGGUUGGAGUUUUACAGAAGACGAGGUGAAAAACGAAAACCCUUUCUGUUUCUUUGUCUGUUUUUUAUUUUAUUUUUCAUAGACCAUGAGUGAAACCACGGGGCCAUCAGUUCACUGACAACAAUCACCAACAGCCACACAGAUGAGGACUGAGUGAAAAGAACGGAGCCAUCACUACAGCAGCUGAAUGGCGCGGCGCAAGUGUCACACCCUCAAACUCAUCACCUACCUGUGUGUUGUGUGCGUCAGCUUGGACCUGCUCCUCACCUUUCUGACAAAUAUGGAGAGUGAGGGAGUGACGGACACGGCACCGACCGAGGCCACUGCUGAAAAUAAAGAAAACAGCACAGACAAAGCUGCAUUUGGGGAACUGCCAAACUUCCGAAAAAAAAUUUCCGCCCCAUUGCCAAAAACGUUCUGGCAGACCGGUGUGCGUAGCCAAGGCCUUUGGAACGAUCUCCAGGAAGACGUUGACAUGCACUUCAAUCCCAUCCUCAGGCCCAAAAACGACACCUCACAAUAUGAAGACAGAGUUUUCACCAAGUUAGUAAUGAACCAAAGUUUCUCUAAGAUUUCUAACUUCACUAACACAAACGACGAGGAGCAGCUGCCCAGGAUGCUGCAGGACUUUGUUCACAACAUGCAGAGAAGAGACUACCCGGUCCUCAUACAGCCUCGUGGAGUGUGUGGAGCUGGAGCACAGGAGGAGACGGAGUUCCCUCUGCUGCUCCUCGCCAUCAAGUCAAUCGUUUCCAACUUCAAGGGCAGACAAGCUAUUCGUAACAGCUGGGGCCGGACAGGCUGGGCGUCAGGUGGAGGAGGUGGUGGCUACGUCCGCAGGAUCUUCCUGCUGGGAACCAGCUCUGAGCAGCAGAACAUCAACUUGGCUGAAUCACUGCAAUCAGAGAGCAGCCUUUAUGGAGACAUUCUGCAGUGGGACUUUAAGGACACGGCUUUUAACCAAACUUUGAAGGAUGUGCUGUUCUGGAGGUGGUCCUCACUUUUCUGUGAGGGGACACAGUUUGUCUUCAGUGGAGACGAUAAUGUCUUUGUCAAUGUCCCAAAAAUGGUGACCUAUCUGCAGGAACAGCUUAAGAGUCCUCGGGCAGAGGAGAAGAUGAAAAACUUCAUCGUUGGGAAGGUGGUGCAGAAGGAAGCCAAAUACUUUUUUCCCGACAGCUUUUACCAAGGGACGUUCCCUGUGUUUGUCGACACAGUUGGACUAGUUUACUCAGGCCACUUGACUCAACGCUUGAACCAAAUAUCACGGAGAGUUCACCUCUUCCCCAUCGAUAACAUUUACUUAGGUAUGUGUUUGUUACGGCUGAAGGUCGACCCUGUCCAUCAUCCUACCUUCCUCAAGUCGGGUUCUUCUGAGAGUUACCUGAAGGACAUCUGUGUCUACCACAAGAUCAUGGUGGUGGAAACACCAAACCACAGGGACCUGGGUAAAAUCUGGGCUCGGUUAAACAGCACACAGUCCCAAUGCUCCUGAGGUCGAACAGUAACCAAAGGUCAGACUCUGGAUCAUGGUGAAGACCUUCUUCAAGAAACACACACGUUUACAGAGAAAGUACAAAGUAUCCACUAAAGACAGUAUUUCGUUAGGUAUUUAAAGAACAUUGUUGAUUAUGGUACCAUUUCAGACGUCCUCAAACAUGACUCAGUCCAGCUCAGCACUUUUCUGUUCCCAUCCCCCAUGGUUCUGAAAGUACCAGAUGGGUAUUUGUAUGUGAUUCCAUUUUACAAACUUCCCCUGCAAGAUGGCUAACAAGCCACAAUGUGAUUUUGUAAAAUAUGCCUUCCUUCUUGCCUAAACAAAGACUAAGCAGUAAUUAUUACCAUUACCACCUACAUUUACAUAGGUGACACUGAUCAAAAUGUUAUUAAUAGAAUUCUACCUCCAAAAAAUAUGUGUUGUGUUAAAACAGUGGUUCUUAAAUCUUUAACUUCGCGCACUACAUCCGAAAAUAUUAACAUCUCUAGGGACUGGAUAUUAAGGCAACAUAUCAGCACAGGUUUACAAUGCAGUGUUAAUUCCAUUAACUUUACAUUUUAGUCAAGGGCAAAGUCAACGAACAUCUUUUGAAAGACUAAAACUAAACGGAAAGUUGCGUGGAACUAAAUGACGUUGGUAUGGAUGUAUUAGCCAAAUGUUAGAAACAACACAAAUUCGGUCAGGGACUGACACCAAUCAGCGUUAACGUCGUCACGUAAACUGAAGGAACGGAUGAGAACGAGAACCAAUCGGAGCUGUGUUUGUUAGCAGGUACUAUAUAGAGAACCAAUCACAGUGAGCGUGCAUCCGGCAGUAGAAGAAACACGGAAGUCAGUUUGAAGACAAGAGCGGUAAUACUCUGGUCCAGUCGUGAAAUAACUUUAAACUAAAACACUGUCUCCUAGGACAUAAAUAUAUGGAACUAUAUUUUUAUGAACGUUAGUGAAAACACGACUUACUUUAAAUCGUGUGAAAACGACAGGUUGAGAAAAGACCGUGAAGUUUGAAGAGUGACCUGCAGACAUGUCCGGUGAAAGAUAGGAUUUGAAAAAGCAGAAGAGCAGUUGAAGUGUAGAAGCAAGAUUGGGAUUGGACUGGACAUGUACUGGAAGAGAAGAAUCACUGAUGUGGUAAAGGAGGACAUGGAGCUGGUUGGUGCCACAGUAGAGCCAGGGAUCGAGUGCGUUGAAGACAAAAAACACACCCAUCUUCAUUCCUGGAAACAGCCAAAAGGUCAGAUAGGUGAGAGCUGAUGACAAUCCCUGCAGUGAGCAAACAGGUACACACUGUGACUAUCUUUGCAGUAAGGCAACAACACUAACCACUCCUCCACUUUGUGACCCUGACUACAAAUCAGCACAGCCUGGUAAAACACACUCUAUGACAGUACUUCUUGUACAUUUGUUUCCAUCCAGUGGACAAUCACUACAGUCUGGGGAAAUAAGUGUUGACAAAGUUAGAGGAUUAAAUAGUAGUUACCGUAGUAUAGUAGAUUGAGGUGGUGUUUAUAAAACUGGCCUUAUAAAAAUGACCUGGACUAUUAGUCAGAUAUAGUUAUAUUCUUAUAGUCUGCCCAGUGUGACCGACUGCUCUCAUUCAUUCAUCAGAAUCUUCCAAGAACAAAUAAAAAUAAAUAAAGCAAACAUGAUGAGAAUGUAAUAUGCUACAAUCAAACUGAUAAACUUUAAUGUUUUUAAAUUUAAUGGAAAAAUGUCUGCUUCAAGGUUACCCUAAAAAAAUCCCAGGGCCCACAGAGCAAACCAAGUUUUUAUAACAUUUACAGAGUUUGAGUUGUUUUUGCUUCUAAAUCCAGCAGUGUCAGUAUGAAGUUCCGGUUUCCCAGCUGUGAUGUGUUCUGCAAUACAGUGUUAGCUCCACUGGAGGUCAGUAAAGACGUGAUGAAUUCUCCUCAUUCCUUACAGUUUUUGAAGGACAUUGGUACUUAUUUUGGUCUUAGUUCAUUUAGAGCCCAGCUCAGUUAUUGCCUCCAGUAGGGCUGCAGAGGGCGCUGUGGCUUGAAGUCCCAUGCUUUUUGGUCAUCAACAUCAGUGUAGUAGCAGUAACAGCAGAGCUUGCAGUGACACCAAAGUCACAGUCAUCACUCACAGCAGUCCUGUAUGGUCACUGCUACUGCAGUCUACAGUUUCUGUCC